CUGCUAUUACCCGUCGCUAGCUUGCUGCUGGUGGUGCAGAGCCUAGCUAGGGGAGAGAAACCGUGGGAGAAGGCUGAAUCCGUGUGAUCGAGAGAAAGAAGUAAAGUUUAAGAUCGAUUAACAUCCGGCAACGUGGAAAGAAGGACACCGAACAGGUAUCACCAGCAACUUGGCAACAUCUUUUCUCUCCCCUGGCUCGCCAGCGUGUGUAAAGGACAUCGGCCACUAUAAAUAAUACAUAUAAUUGUAUUCACAUGCACAUGAAGAUCAUAUCUUGAAGUCACCCAGUGCCUUGUCUAUACCAGAUAGAGCAUCACCCCCCACCCCCUCCUGCAUUUUCACCGGUGCAAAAACAAUUUCGAACACCAGCAAGACGGAAAGGAACACAACACAAACUCAACUCAGAUGCACCGCAGCCACCAAAGUCUUUAAAAAGUUAACUCUUGACUGUUAACUCUUGAGUUUCAAGCUUCUGAUUAGUCUCUAAACUCCCCGUUGGUCAUCAGCAUUACUCUCAUCAAGCGAGUCCACCCGAGGAAAAGCCGUAAAGCGGCGCUCAGCACCACCAUGGCCUCCAUCAAGCAGUCGACCGAGCCCGAGAUCCCAGACAACCACAAGGAGAGCUGGCUGGCGCUGCUCUCCGCCGCGGAGGCGUACUGCCAAAAGUCCGGCUGCGACCUGGCGAUACUCACGGCCUGCAAGAAGUUCCGGUCGUCGGCCGCGGACGGGGACGGCGUGAGGAAGCGGGAGAGCGGCGGCGCCUUCCCGAGGGAGUGCGACUUCUCGUACAACGCGUGGGGCCAGGGGUUCCUGGCCGAGUCGGCACGCCGCUACAUGGACGACAUCGGCGUGCUGCACUCCACGACCAUGCUGACGGCCCAGAAGCACACACGCCAGGCGGGGGGGCAGGGAGGAGGAACCAAGCUGGUGGUUGACCUGACCUCUGACCCCGGACACAGAGGGAGUUUUACAGGAGACGUCGGGGUGGGCGGAGUCAGUCCCCAGAGCAGACUCUACUCCCAGAACUAUCCGUCGAUCUACAGCUCGGGAGCCGUCGCCGGGCAGAACGCCAACGGAGACGGCGAGCGGGAGACGAGCGUGCUGGAGGCCGAGCGAGGGAGACAGAGGUCCGGGAUCGUUGACUUGGAAGAAGAGUGUGAAGAAGAAGAAGAAGAGGAAGACGAGGAGGACAUGGAUGAGAGGAGACCGUACGGGAACGAAAGUGCCGGUGAGGAGAAAGACGGUUUGUCUGCAGGUGUGUUCUCAAUGGACGAGGACUCUCUGUCCCGGGACUGCGAGCCGUUCUUUGAGUCCGACGGGGAGGAGGAGAGCACCGACGGCUCCUUGAGCGAGGAUGCCCCUCCUCCGUCUCGUGGCUUGGCCAUGGGUCAGUCUAUGCACUCGUCCCGUCACCACGCCAACCCCAUGGCUCUGGCCCGCUCGCUGCCCGUGUCCGUGCCCGUGUGGGGCUGCAGAGGAGGCCGAGGGGCUCAGGGAGGCGGCAACAGUACAGAGCGGGUGGGCUGCGCCGACCUGGAGCACAUCGCCGCCAGUAUGAAAGCCCUGCUGGCCCCCGGAGCCACCGAUGGGACUGAAAUGUUUGGGGCCCUCCCUCGGCCCCGCCUCAACACCGGGGACUUCUCCCUCAAGCACUGAGAGAGAGAGGGGGAGUGAGAGAGAGAGGGAGGGAGGGGGAGAGAGAGAGAGAGGGAGAGAGAGAAAUAAGAAAGGGAUAGACGGCAGCGAAUGAGAAAGGAAAAAGGAGACGUGGGGAGAUAUUGUCCCGCCAGCAGAGGAGGUGUGGGGGAUUUGGAUUUUGGCGUUCAGUUUGUGAAACAGUGUAAAAGCUAGAACCUCCAUUUAUUUCUCACUAACCAAAAUUAACGGCACAUUGCUUCGUGGGUUAACUGACCGAAGAGAAAAGAAAUGUUGUUAUGAAAGCUAAUAACAUUUUUUCAACACUACCACCAACACCACCACCUCAUCACUACACAUUUCACAACACCGGUGACCACACAUCUCCAAACACUACGUCAGGAUCGGACCUGAGGGGGGAAAAAGGCCCACUUAGAAUUAAGCUUGUGGCUUUUUUGCAAAUGUGAGCGUAGGACGCCAGCACCUCCUCGUAACACGCCUUGGUUGUACUUUUACUUUUGCCAAUGAAUGACUGACUGAUGGAAUGAUUGUAAAUCAAUACAGAGGUAGAGGGGGGGGAUGGUGUUCUCUGUUUUUUGUGUUCCCUUUUUUGUUUUGCUCCACAUUUUGAAAUGAUUUAACGAAUGAGAAAGCGACUUUGUGAGUGUGUGUGUGUAUGUGUGUGUGUGUGUGUGUGUGUGUGUGUGUGUGUGUGUGUGUGUGUGUGUUUUUGUGUGUGUGUGUGUGUUAGAGAGAGAGACAGAUGGGUUGAUUGGAAAUUGAUCAAAUGUCGACAUCUGACAUUUCAAAAACAAAUAAAUGUUCCAUUAAGUACUUUUGUGUUUCAAAUAAAGGAGCGACACCAAGA